GAUAAGGAGCAAAAAGGGAGAGGACUAACCCCGGCUAACGAACCCCGCUGACGGAAAACACCUGGGAGCUAGCUAAGCGUACACACAACAAUAACACCCACGCACACACAUCCCUGGAAAACAUGUGGAGCUGAUCUGGAUUAUAAAGCUGAACAGACGCAAAAGGUCUGUGGACUGACAGGCGCUCUACCAUGCCUGUGCCCCCACCCCCCACCCCCCGCAGACAGACACACCGAUCCCACACACACCUCCAUCGGGAAAGGAACGAAGGAAGCCUGACCUCUCCGCCCAUCCUCCAACUAUCGCUCCAUCCAACUCCAACUUUACUCAUCUCCCCUUCUUCUUCUUCUUCUUCUUCUUCGUCUCAUCUCCUGCACUGUGCCUGCCCGCGGACUACACGACGGACGCUCCCCGACUUCGCCACCUUCCCGGCGUUCCACUGGCUCACGCUGGUCACAUGCUGCCUACUGCCGUCCCUGAUUGGCGCGGGGGAGACGUGGGGCAUGGUCUCCACCUGCCCCUUCCACUGCGUUUGUCGAAACUUAUCCGAGUCUCUAAGUACUCUAUGCGCAGACAAGGGAUUACUGUUCGUCCCCCCGAACGUUGACAGGAGGACGGUGGAGCUAAGACUCGCCGAUAACUUCAUCACGGAGGUCGGGGGAAGCGAUUUCGCCAACAUGACCGGCUUGGUUGACCUGACUUUGUCCAGGAACACCAUCCAUCAUAUACGUCCGAUGGCGUUCGCGGACCUGGAGAGUCUUCGCUCGUUACAUCUGGACGGAAAUCGGUUGACGACGCUCGGGCCGAGGGACUUGGCCGGUUUGGUCAAUCUUCAGCAUCUAAUCGUCAACAACAACCAGCUGGUCAAAGUAUCGCCUCAAGUGUUCGACGACUUCCUGCUCACGCUGGAGGACCUCGAUAUGUCCUACAACAACUUGAAAAGAGUUCCGUGGGAGUCCAUUCAGAACAUGGCCAGUCUGCACACGCUCAACCUGGACCAUAACCUGAUCGACCACAUCGCGGAGGGGGUCUUUGGGGAGCUGUAUAAGCUGGCGAGGCUCGAUAUGACCUCCAACAGGCUCCGCACCCUGCCGCCUGAUCCCCUCUUUGCCAGGUCCCAGACAGGAGCAAUAAGCCCCACCCCUUACAACGCCGUCAUAAGUCUGAAUUUUGGCGGGAACCCACUGCACUGUAACUGCGAGCUGCUCUGGCUCCGACGGCUCGUCAGGAGAGACGACAUGGAGACGUGCGCGACGCCGCUACACUUGGCCGGAAAGUAUUUCUGGUCGAUUCCGGAGGAGGAGUUCACCUGCGAGCCGCCCCUCAUCACCCGUCACACUCAUAAGCUGUGGGUGCUCGAGGGGCAGCGGGCCACCCUGAAAUGCCGCGCCAUCGGAGACCCGGAGCCGGUGGUCCACUGGGUCUCCCCCGACGACCGCAUCAUCGCCAACACCUCCCGGACCAGCUCCUUCAGCAACGGAACCUUGGAUAUCUUAGUAACGGUCGCCCGGGACGACGGGGCGUACACUUGCAUCGCAAUCAACGCGGCCGGAGAAGCCACUGCCACCGUGGAUCUGAAAAUAAUCCCGUUACCACACAGGGGCGGAGCGAGCGGGAACGCUGGGAAUACCAACACCAAAAACAACCGGAACGUCACCAAUGGGAUUUUACGGACGGACCCGGGUUCUUCGGAUAUCAGCACGGGGAAAAACGGAGGGAUUAACAACAACAACGGAGCGGGGAGAGGCGGGGAAGCGGAGGAGGAGAAGAAGUCGGCGGGACAGGAGGAGGAGGACGGUGACGGGGCGAAGGGGUCGGAGGUGGAGCGGGCGGACGGGGGGAGUAUGGAGGAGGAGGACGACGAGGAGGAGGCGAGCAGGAGGGUGGGCGUUCAGGGAGUCACGUCCACGUCGGCGCAGGUCCGAUGGGAUUUGGGGCGACUUUCCGGAGCGUAUGUUGUGUGGAUGUACCAGAUUCAAUACAACUGCACCGCGGACGAGACCCUGAUCUACAGGAUUCUGCCCUCCACCAGUGACCGCUUCCUCCUCAAGAACCUCGUCUCCGGAGUGGAUUAUAACUUGUGCGUGCUGGCCAUUUUCGAUGACUCCAUUACGACGUUAGCGGCGACGAAGGUUCUGGGCUGCACCAGCUUUUCCACGAAGGAUGUUUACCCAGCGUGCCGUUCUCUCCAAGCGCAUUUCCUCGGCGGAACGCUCACGAUACUGGUCGGUGGCAUCGUCGUGGUCACUCUGCUCGUUUUUACCGUGGCGCUCAUGGUCCGUCAUCGCGUGUGCAACCAUACGGACCAUAUGAUAUGCCACAACGGGAACGCCGAGGCAGGAGGCGGAGCUUGUUGUCAAGGCGGAGGGCUAGGAGGCGGAGAUAAAGGAGGGAACAGCAGUGGAUGUUACCAGUCUAAUGGUCAGGGGGACAUGAUGAUGGUGGUGCUUCCCAAUGGGCUACCAGCCAAAAGAGGGGAUAAAGAGAAAGACAAUGAGAAGGAGGUGGUGGAAUCUGCCUCCUCUGUGCCUCCCAAACUGCCCCCGAAACCCCGGGCCAAGCCUAAGGUCAAUCUGGAACAGUUCCUGUCAGCAGGGGGCGUGGUCUCCACCAGCACCGGGGGGGAGAUGGCUCUGGUGGUGCGGCAGAGAAAGCUGGAGAAAGCUUACACCUCAGACAGUGACAGAACUCUGCUGUACUACUCCCCCUCCCCUCCCUCCACUCUGCCCCGACAGUCACGCUCCAGGGACCGCCCCCCGCCACGGCUGGAGCGAGAGCUGACCAAUCGGGCCAGUUUUUCUCUGGCGGCGCCCCUCAGAGACGCUGAGCUGUUAGACUGGAGAAUGAGCCCCCGAGGCCGGGACAAAUGGAACUCUUCCCAGGCGUACCAGAGCCCAGUGUCCCCCCUCAGCCCGGGCUGCGGGGCCAUCAGCAAACGCCGCCACUCUCUGGAUAUGGGCUCGUCUGUGGCUUUGGCCAGUGACGCCGCGGCGACCGUGGCCAAGCGCUACGGCGCCGUGAGCUACGCCAAACGUCUCAGCGUCAUCUGGACCCGGAGGAGCCAGUCUCUGCACGGGAUGCUGGUGCAGUGCGCCUCCACCACGAGCACAACGUCCUCCACCACCAGCGACGAGGCGGACUCCGGAAGCGGCUACGGGGCUCGCUGCGAGUUUCAACGGGGAUAUAUUCACGCGUACAACACGACAAACUCCAACUCUAACACCGGGAUAACGCCUGGGAAGGGUAAAGAGAGCAAAGAGAUCAAAAGGGAGAAAAGUAAAGACGGGAAGAGCGCGGAGGAGCUGGAGGAGAGUGUGGUUUAGGAAGAAGAGCAGAGGAAGUCUAUCAAAGCUUGUGAGCGAGCGGAGGCCUGAGCGUGGUGUGGUUGUGGGGAGGGCGGAGCGCUGGAGGCAGGGGACGGGCAGAUAAAAAGGUGAUGGGUAGAUUCGGCUGGAGGCUUGUGCUGCAGCUUGAUUUGCCUGGGGAGCAGUCACCAGAAAUGAGAAAGUGCACCUGAAAGCUAGGUUUUUUUUAAAAGCCGCUUUUUGCUGACCUCAAGAGUGACUGGCAGAAAAAUUAGUGUGGGGGACCAAGUGUUGACAGGAAAAGAAUGGGAGAAAAUAUUGGAGCGGAGCGUUGGUGAAAGGGUAUUAAAUACUCAAGGCUGACAUCAAACUUUAUGACAGAAGCGAGAGGAGCGCGACAAAAACAAAAGCAGAGUUGUGACAGGUACGGAUAGAAACGAGAGGAAGAAGGGACAUCAUAAAAAAUAAAAAAAUCAAGGAAAACACAUCCAAGCCAGUCGGAGCAAGAGGUGGCAGAUCCCAGACAGCGAGGUGGAGAUCAGGGAACAUCUCAGUAAGGCUUAGGAACUAACAGAACCAGACUCGCAUUCUCCAGGGGGGCCAACCCACACACCACCACAACAUCGGCUCAAAAAAAAAACAACACAAACGCACUCCUCUCUCUGGAAACGAAGAUAAAAAACAAAAAAAUGGGGCAGUUUUUCAUCGCUCUCAUUACCGACAACGGGCCAUUUCCGAUCUCCUUUUUUUCCCCCAAAAAAAUAAAACAAAUGAAUG